AGUUUACCGUCAGCUUCAGACACCAUGUUAAGAAAAAGUGAUGUUAUUGAUUGAAAGGCUUCAUCAUUCAGAACAUACACACUGCGAAACUAUAAACGCGUAGAAAUAUAAACUGUUUAGGUCAACCGGUUUUCUGAGGAUAGCUGUUAGCGCUGCCAGUGCUGCCCUGAAGUUAGCAAAACAGCUAGCGUCGGGAAGAUAUGCUCAAAGUAAAAAUACUCUUCAUCGGCCCUAAUGAGAGUGGUAAAACGGUUCUUGCCAAUUUUCUCUCGGACACAACAGAAAAUGUGGGAGGUGAAUACAGACCAACUCAAGGAGCCAGGAUCCUAGAGUUUGAAUCACAAGCUGAUGGCCAUGGUGACAACAAGACAUGUGAAGUUGAACUUUGGGACUGUUCAGGGGAUUUCAAUUUCUUUUUCUACAGAUUUGAGUCAUGCUGGCCAGCACUUAUGAAGGAUGCCAGUGGUGUGGUGAUCAUUUUUAAUCCAGACCUUCCAAGUCACCUGAAGGAAAUAGAGACAUGGCAUUCAAUGUUCAUCUCCUCUCAGGGUUUGCAGGACAGCCAGUGUCUACUUAUGGCUCACCACAAGCCCGGCAGUGGAGAUGAAGUGGGCCAGCUGCCUUUAGCUACACAUCUGAACAGACUCCCACUAAUUCAGUCCAACCUGGAGGAGGAACCAGAGGAUGUGAGAGUGGCUUUCUGCAGAUACCUUGGAAAUGUUCUACAUACAAUGUCAGAAAGUCGAGAGCGAGAGGAGAUGUCCAUUAUUACAUAGAUAACAGUAAAUCCUGGAUUUAGUGCGGCCUAAAUACUAUUUAUAAUUCCUUAACUUUUUGACAGUUGUGCCUGGAAUGUUAGAGAAAUAUUACUUAAAUGUUUUCCUGCAUAUUUUUGAAUUACUUGUUUGUAUAAGUGUUUUGUUAUAUAAGAAAAAUGUGUCAAUAAAUACAAGACAAAUGAUA